CGUGGGGGACGGAAGCUGCGGUUGGAUAGCCAUGGGAGUGGAAGUCGAGACCAUUUCUCCGGGAGACGGAAGGACUUUCCCAAAGAAAGGCCAAACAUGUGUAGUCCAUUACACAGGAAUGCUUCAGAAUGGAAAGAAGUUUGAUUCCUCCCGAGAUCGAAACAAACCUUUCAGGUUCAAGGUUGGUAGACAAGAAGUCAUUAAAGGGUUUGAAGAAGGAGCUGCACAGAUGAGCCUUGGACAACGGGCAAAGCUCACCUGUACACCUGAUAUGGCAUAUGGAAUAACAGGUCAUCCUGGAGUUAUCCCAUCCAAUGCUACUUUGAUUUUUGAUGUGGAGCUGCUCAGGAUAGAAUAAAAUCAGGACUAAUUAAAAAAAAACUGUUCAUCAGUGUUCUUUCCCCAUUCUUUUAUAAUGGAAGAAAUCUCACUGAAAUUUGUAUCUUCACUCAAGUUGUCAUGCCAAUAAUGCUUAUGAAGUUGUUUUGCCUACUUCCUUUCCCUCUCUUUUUUUUUUAAAAAAAACCUGAUUAUUGGUAUUUGUUCAGUUGGUUGCUUCUUUACUAUGGAAUGCAAGUUGUACAUUUUAUUUUGCACGUGAAGCUUCAAAAUUGUGAUUAGAAUUAUAUAUAUAAUUGAAAGCUAUAUAUACAGAUUUUACUUAUUGAACAACCACUGCCUUAUAAUACACUAAAGGAACACAGGUGCUCAGAAAACAAGUGU